AUGGUUUCCACUCUCACCGCCCCGCUACCGCUCGUGGCUUGCGCGCCGCGUGCCACGUGCGCCGAUCGUGUGGCGAAAUUCGUGACCCAGUGCCUCAGCGCGUGCCAUAUAUUUUUAUCGCCGCCAGUUACGUGGCCGGGACAACGGUUUUUUGUGCGCGGUACCGCAAUACGAAGCCGCUCGAGCCGAUCGCCCGAUCCGUGCGUCGUU